AUGAUCGGGGCAAAAACAGCCUUCUUCGCCACACUUUUGGCCGUUGCCUAUGGUGCUGGAGCAGUUCUCGAGUACACUGAUGGAAAUUUCGAUGAUCUUAUCAAGACUCACGAGCUCGCUCUCGUCAAAUUCUACGCACCAUGGUUAGUUUUAAGUGAAUUUAUUGUCAUGGCAACGAAAGUCGUGUUUCAAAAAUUCACAGCACGAGAUGGGUUGAAAACAAUGCAUUUUGAAUUAUCUUGCUAAAAUAUGCAUAUAGAAAGGUUUUGAAAUAUGUGGAGAACUCAUGGAAUUUGUGAAAACUGAAAAAAAGCCAAGGAAAAUAGGAUUUAGGCCUAUAUCCUAGUUUCAGCUCUGUUUUUGUUAUUCCAUGGUUAGCGAAACGUGAUCUUUGAUUUUAUUCCCUGCUCCUUCCUAAGCUAAAAACCCUCCUUUGAAGUGCACGUGAACUUUCAAUUUUAUCUCUAUCUCCAUUUCACAAACAAAAUGGCUAUCUAAUUGAUAAAUGAAUACGAAACAACUGUCAAAAAAUUGACCUUUUCAUCAAAGAUCAAUAUUUCCAGGUGCGGACAUUGUAAACGUAUGGCCCCAGAAUUCGAAAAGGCUGCUCCAAAACUCCUCGCCAACGAUCCACCAGUUGCUCUUAUCAAGGUAUGCGAUUAUUUGUUCAUGGCCCAAAUUGACCUUCCUACUGUGCAAACAAACUAUUUAUUAAAAUAGUAAUAAUGGACAAAUACAUAUAAAGGGGAAUUAUUUAUUGGAAAAAUUCCAACUGUUCAACAACACAAUAGAACUUUUCAAUAUUGAAAAUUCUAGUAUCUAUAUUCAAAUUUAAAUAUUUUGUUUUCAGGUCGAUUGUACUGUUGAAAAGACUGUUUGUGAAACCCAUGGAGUCAAGGGAUAUCCAACCCUCAAAAUCUUCCGUAACGGAGUUGUUGCCCAAGAUUAUGAUGGACCACGUGAAGCUGAUGGAAUCAUCAAGUUCAUGAGAGGACAAUCUGGACCAUCAUCAAAGGAAUUGAACUCGGUUGCUGAUUUCGAUAAGAUUAUCGCUGGAGACGAAAACGUUGUCAUCGGAUUCUUCGAAUCGGAGAGCAAACUCAAGGACUCAUUCCUCAAGGUCGCUGACACUGAACGUGAUCGUUUCUCAUUCGCUCACACUUCAAACAAGGACGUUCUUAAGAAGGCCGGAUACACUGACGAUAUUGUUGUCUAUGUUCCAAAGAAACUCCACAACAAAUUCGAUUCCAACGAGUUCAAAUACGACGGAAACUACGAUACUGACAAGAUCAAGAACUUCUUGGUUCAAGAAACUGUUGGAUUGGCCGGAAUUCGUACUCAAGGAAACCUGUAUCAAUUCGAGAGCAAACCAAUCGUCAUUGUUUACUACAAUGUUGACUAUGUCAAGGAUCCAAAAGGUAUUGAUUCAUCCCAAAAACAACUCAAUUAUAUUUAUUUUUUAGGAUCAAACUACUGGCGUAAUCGUGUUCUCAAGGUCGCCCAAAACUACAAACGCAAGGUUCAAUUCGCCGUCUCAAACAAGGAAGAAUUCUCGCAAGAAAUUGAAACCAAUGGAUUGGGAGAGCGCAAAGACUCUGACAAACCAAUCGUUGUUGUUCUCACCAACGAAGGAAAAUUCCCAAUGGACCAAGAAUUCAGGUAAUUUUUUUUAGUUUUCACAAUUUUCAGAAAUUGAUGUGGAGAACUUGAAGAGUACUGUAUCUCAUGGUAUUCAAAAAUAUGACGGAAAAUGCAAAUUUUUGCAUAAUUUUUCUGUGAGAUUCUAAUAUUUCCUUAACUUUCGGGAAUUCCAUCUUGGUUUUUCGGCAGAAUAAUUUUUUAUAAACUCACGUCUCAUAGCAGGAACCUAAUUGAUUGUUUGGCGUUUCCCAUUAGUAGAGUUAAAUACAGUCAAUAGCCAAAAUUUUUGAAUUCAAAAAUGAAGGCAUUUGAUUUUUUUUAUUUUGUUUUCAAAAAAAAUAACCAGAUUGCCACGUCACAAAAGUUCACGUCUAUUUUGUAAAUUUGGUGAUUUAUUUUUAGAAUUUUAGAGUUUCUAUUUCAUGACAGUAGGGCUUAUUUGAUAUUUUUGUGAGAAAUGUUCGAACCUCGUCUUCUUAACAAUUUAAAAGGAGUCUCAAAUUUCUAACAUUUAGAAAAUUGAGAAUUAUAAAUUAUUUUAAAAAGUUUUCAAUCCAAAUUUCAAAUAUUUAUUUUUCAAUUCAACAUUUUAUGAUAAGUUUCAAAUGUUUCUUAUUCUGAAGAAUACUUUAAAGGGGGUACGGGCUAAUCAAAAUUUUAUGGAAAAAACUAUACCACCUGAAAGAGGAGGUUCCGUUUAGUAUGUUCCCAAAUUUUCAUAAUUAUUUUUCACGUUUAAAUACCAUUUUUUCACGCGCAAACACGAAAAAGUUGCGCUCGAUCUCAGAGAAAUAGCAUGCAGACACGAGAGACACAGCGUAUUUAGGCCCCGCCCCCUUCUAUGCGCUGUGUCUCUCGUUUCUCUAUGCUAUUUCUCUGAGGUCGAGCGCAACUUUUUCGUGUUUGCGCGUGAAAAAAUGGUAUUUAAACGUGAAAAAUAAUUAUGAAAAUUUGGGAACAUACUAAACGGAACCUCCUCUUUCAGAUGGUAUAGUUUUUUUCCAUAAAAUUUUGAUUAGCCCGUACCCCUUUAAGUUUCAUGAGAAUUAUAAACUUUGGGAUUUCAAACGUGUUAAAAAACUUCAAAAAAGUUUAACAUGAAUUCUGAAAAUUCAACAAAUUAUUAAAUAUGUAGUUUUUUUUUUGAAUAACUGAAAUUGGAAUCUUCUUUUUCAAUUUCAGUUUUUCGAAAAACAACACAUAUAAAUAUUUGUUGAACUUUCUGAAUUCAAGUUUAACUUUUUUGUUUUUUUAAAUUCGAAAUGUUUUCAAGUUUUAAACUUUUGAAAUGAGUUUAAAAAUUCAGAAUUCUUAUAGAAUUUAAAAGUCAAGAUUUAUCAAAGAAAUAUUUUAAAUCGUAUUUCAAAUGUCUAGGGUCUAGGGUCUAGUAUCUGGAUUUUGAAGUUAUUGUUAAGAUUUCAAAAACUUUGAAAACGAUAUAAUUCUUUGAUAUUUCCAAAAUUUCAAUGGUCAUCUUUUGAAAACUAUGAAUUUCACUUUGAACUUAUCUGAACUUUUUUUCAAUUUAAAAGUUCUUUUCAUAUUUCUGAAUUUGAAAUUCAUACUUUGCAGUAAUCAAGUUCAUUAUGAUAAUGAAUUAUCAAAUUGAAGUUCACAUUUACUUUUAUCAAAGUUAAAAUUGAUUUUCAUACUGUAGCAAUAGAAAAUUUAAAAUGAAAUAGUUUCAAAUAACUUUUGAAUUCAAUAUUACAAUUUCAAUUUUCAGCAUUGACAACUUGCAACAAUUCGUCGAUGAAGUUCUCUCCGGAAAUGCCGAACCAUACAUGAAAUCGGAAGCAGUUCCAGAAGAACAAGGAGAUCUUAAGGUUGCUGUCGGAAAGAACUUCAAGGAACUCAUCCUCGAUUCGGAUAAGGAUGUUCUCAUCGAAUUCUAUGCUCCAUGGUGUGGACAUUGUAAAUCAUUGGCUCCAAAAUACGAAGAACUCGCCACCAAACUCAAGGAUGAAGAUGUUAUUAUUGCUAAGAUGGAUGCUACUGCUAAUGAUGUUCCACCACUUUUCGAAGUUAGAGGGUGAGUUGAAGAAUCUCGAAAUAUAAUCAGUUAAUUAAUUAUGAUAAUUUUUGCAGAUUCCCAACAUUGUUCUGGCUUCCAAAGAACAGCAAAUCCAGCCCAGUUCCAUACAACGGAGGUCGCGAAGUUAAAGACUUUGUCAGCUUCAUCUCUCGUCACUCAACUGAUGGAUUGAGAGGAUAUGCUCGUGAUGGAAAGAAGAAGAAGAAGACCGAAUUGUAA